UUUUUUAAUCCGCUUUUAUUAUAUUCUCAAACCAAACACGCCUUCGUUUAGUUACAGAGAACCAUGGCCAGCACCAAACCCGCUAACUGGCACCUUCUUCCGGCCAAUCUCCUAAUCUCCAUCGCAGAGAAGCUCUUCAUCGCCGACAUCAUCCGUCUCCGAGUCGUCUGCAAAGAGUGGGGAUGGUCCCUCGGAUGGCCGCACAAAGGCUGGCCGACUCCACCUCGAUUGCGUGCAUCCUUCAUUCCCAUCCCCCCAUCGGUUCCAUGGAUGCUCCUUCCAAACGAGGAAGGCGAGGAUGCAGACUAUUGUUCCUUUCUCGACCUCUCCAACGGACAAGUCCGGCGAAUUCACCCCGUUCCGGAGAUGGCGGGCCGCCGGUGUGUCGGGGCUUCCCCACACCUCGACCUCGAACUUAAUCCCCGCGUGCUUAACCCUCUCACCCGAGAAGAGCUCCCUCUGCCUUCCCUCCUCUCCCUCUUCCCCUCUCCCACUAAUGUUCGUGUUCUUCGUGAUGCCUUUAAUGGCUCCCUGACAGGUUUCUUUGACAAAGGAGCUAACUUUAUGGGAAUUUGGCAUACGAAGGAGGAGUUUCGUGACCAAUGCAUCUUAAAGAUAGUCCUGACUUCCGCCCCACCUUCCGGCUUUGUAGGGGUCAUCUAUGGUUGUAAUCCGUUGAAAAGUUGUCUAGCUUUAGCGAGAGUAGGAGACGCAUCAUGGACCCCUGUUCCGAUCUCCGACAAUCACUUCUCAAAACUCGAGUCUGUAGAGGACAUUUUUUAUCAGAAUGAAAUGCAUAAACUUUUUGUUGUGACUUUAUCAGGUUCUGUGUUUUGUUGUGAUCUCCAUAUUAACGAUUGGUCGAGCGGAAUCAAAAUGUCUCUUGCUUCUCGCUCCUUGAAACUCAGAAGGUUCGCAAGUUGGAGUGAUAGAAAACCACUCUCGGCCUGUAUUGGCUUCAACAGACACAUUAUCUUCUCAUCCGGUCGGCUGCUACAAAUCUGUAGAAAAGUUGAUGAGUAUGAUGAAAAGGAAGUUCAAAGGCAGAGGGAGGGGCUAUUAGUGGAUGAGGAGGACGAAGACGAGGAGUCUGAUGCUUUCCCCGUCAUGGCAGAGACAACCCGUGUUCAAAUCACGAUGAAACAGCGCGACGGCAGAACAUCAGGGUGGAUUCUGGCUAAAGCGAGUGAUUUGGACGAUCAAGCAAUAUUUGUUGGUUGCAAUCAUGUUUUCUCUGUUCCUGCUGCUGGUAGGUCUGGGCUGAGAAAAAACACAGUUUAUUUCACGGAGACGUCGAGAUACUUUUUAGAUUGGAGGCAGCAUGUGCGUGAUGCUGCUGUCUUCGACGUGGAGACCGGGAAUUUCCAAAGGUUUUUCUCUUUGGCUUCGCAGGUUAAUUGGCCGCCUCCAGUAUGGUUUAUGCCCUCUCGGCUUCAUUUUGAUUUUCUUUCCUAA